CUUUCACGUGCUAUAAUCUAUACAUGUGCGUUACAUGAUGAUACACUCACACUGUCACACACACUCGCACGUAAUAUCGCGAAGUUUGCUCCGUUUUUGGUUAGUGCCGAAUUUCGUCCCACGUUUGUGCGAGAUUCUCGCGUAAAUUCAUCGAAAAUUGUCUCGGCGGUUUAAUCGAGGGACGUAGCAAUGUUUAUGCGGGUGACCACGACCGUUUGCCGGCAGGCGCUGCUGAAAUCAAACGUGAUCUCGAAGGAAAUUGUCACAUACAGACGUAUUCAUGUGAUCGCUCAAGGAAAGAGGACUCUUAGAAGCAACAUUUUGUUGGAUCUACAUAGGAAUUGCAGAGUUACAGGAGUCUCUUCAAUCCGUUAUGCCAGCACGGACGAAACACCGCCGCAAAGUGGCCCACACAGUGAAACACCAGAGGCAUCCACGCCGGUGCAGGAAAUGUUGGAAAAUGUUGUGAAAGUGCAGUCGAACGGAGAGACACCGCUGCAGAGCAGUCCAUACGAUGAAAUACCAGAUCCACCCACGCCGUUACAGGAAUUGAUGGAAAAUAUCGUGAAAGUGCAUCCUAAUGGAGAGCCAACGUUUGAGAGCCUAGGACUGGGCAGUUGGUAUCCACCAGGGAUAAUACAGCAGUUCUUAGAAUAUCUGCACAUAAGUUUCGACAUGCCCUGGUGGUUGGCGAUUGUCACGGUUACUAUUUGUGUGAGGACUCUGAUAUUUCCCAUGGUGAUAAAAUCGCGAAGGAAUAUGGUUCACUUUACAAAUAACAUGCCAAAAAUACAAGAGUUGCAAACGAGAAUAACGGAAGCCAGGAAUGCCGGCGAUCAGUUAGAAAGUGCACGGGCUGUUUCGGAGAUGGUGGCUUUCAUGAAGAAAAACAAAAUUAGUCCUCUAACUAACAUGUUGCCAAUGGUUGUCCAGGCACCAGUGUUUAUGUCCUGCUUUUUGGCGCUGAGAAAGAUGGCAAACUUGCCUGUGGAGAGCUUGAAAGAUGGCGGCUUUUGGUGGGUAAAGGAUCUCACGAUGUAUGAUCCUUAUUAUAUAAUGCCAAUAGUUACCAGCGUGACAAUGUUUAUCACAAUCGAGCUCGGUACGGAUGGCGCUAACGUCCACACGAUGGGCAUGAUGCGAUACGUUAUACGAGCUGUACCAUUCGUCGUGUUGCCAUUCAUGAUACACUUCCCUGGCACUAUUUUAACAUAUUGGGUGGCAACAAACGUCAUUUCUCUGGGACAAGCUGGUCUCCUAAGAAUCCCAUAUGUGAAAAAAGCUCUCAAGAUGCCCGACAUGAAAGUCAAUAUGUCAGCAGUCAAGAGCAAGAAAACUUUCAUUCAAGAAUUCAAAGAAAAUUAUACAAACAUGAAGAUAGCGAAACAGUUAUCUGCUAGAGAACAAGAAGAUAUAAUACAGUUUAAUAGCGCCGGUAAAGGUCCCUUGGUGAAGACAUUUAAAUUUGACCCGACGAAGCAAAAGCAAUCGCCAGUAGUCUUGACAAAAAGUAGGAAAUAAUUGAAUUUCUGUGUAUUUAGUUACACAACGUACAAUAUAAUAAAUCAAUUUGUAAGUAUAGAUGUAAUAGAGCAAAUCUUAUUUAAUAUACAUAUAAAAGUAUUUUUAAUAAUAUAAA